AAUUUAUUCGAAUUUGGGCCCUUGGGAAACUUGAAAGAAAGAUCUAACAAACCCUAGAUAUCCCGUCUGUAUAUAAAUGCCCACGAAGCUCUAAAAUUUUCUGUUUCUCGUUUCUCGUUUCUCGUUUCUCGUUUCAGCCGGCAAAAAUGUCGAAGCGAGGGCGCGGAGGAUCUGCAGGUAACAAGUUUAGGAUGUCACUGGGUCUACCGGUGGCGGCGACAGUGAAUUGUGCCGACAACACUGGAGCCAAGAACUUGUACAUUAUCUCAGUGAAGGGUAUCAAGGGGCGUUUGAACAGAUUGCCAUCGGCUUGUGUGGGAGACAUGGUAAUGGCCACUGUCAAAAAGGGAAAACCCGAUCUCAGGAAGAAGGUCCUUCCUGCUGUCAUUGUCAGGCAGCGCAAGCCAUGGCGCCGAAAGGAUGGGGUUUUCAUGUACUUCGAAGAUAAUGCAGGAGUAAUUGUAAACCCUAAAGGUGAAAUGAAAGGUUCUGCAAUUACUGGUCCUAUUGGAAAGGAGUGUGCGGAUUUAUGGCCUAGGAUCGCAAGUGCGGCCAAUGCUAUUGUUUAGAGUGUUAUUCUAGAGUUCAAAUAUAUAACAUUCAAACUCAAAGUAAACCAUAUGGUCUAACCAAGUUUAGAUAUAGAAACAACCAAAGACUUGAAAAGAAAAAUCAAAACCUUUGGGGAUUCAAAAAUGUAGUCUAGGCACGUUUUUUAUAAAUAUUGUUUUGAUGUCAAUUAUUUGCUCUGUAUGGAUUACAAGCAGAUUACAAUUUUAAAUUACUUGGAUCUGGCAAAACUCUUGAAUGAAAGAAAGGAGAUAACUCUUCAAUAUGGAAUGAAUGAAGAAACAAGUAACUUGGGAUUUGUUUGAUAA